UUCUUGUUGAAUAAAAUUGAGGAAGUUACCCUGAAUCCUUAAAAAAAAAAGAAAGAAUAUGUUGAGACAAAAUAAUUCUGUUUUGUCUGUAAUUCCUGAACUCCAACUAUUUUAAAAAUAAUAUUUAUAUCCUAUUUUGCUGAUUCAAUAUAGAUGCAUUGCAUAGAAAGUAGAAAAUACACAAAGGAAAUAAAAUGUGAGUAUUCCUAAAGGAGCAAACGCCUUAAAAAAUAAAAGCAUGUACUCUGAAGAAAUUAGGGCAGGCCUUUUUUAAAAAGAGAAAAUUGAGGGGAGGAAGAGAAUUUUUUACUAACUAAGUUAAAAUUCCGAGGAGGACUGCUUCUCUAGUAGUCAUAAAAAUGUACGGGUCUUUUCAUUCUUAAAGGGAAAUUUCCCCAAAGAAAACUCAGUGGGCAACACAUCCUCUGCUUAUCCUAUCUUCCUCCUGUUCACUUUACCCACACUGAUCACAUAAAUGAGUCUCCUUCUGCCUCUUCUAUUCCUGGAGAAGCUUCGUCUUCAGAAAACCUCCAUCCCCGGCUCUUCUGAAAACAAACCAGUCUCAAAAAUUCUUAAAUCUUUCCCACCUCUAGAAGCGAGGGCUUACAACAGUGAGAGACAUAUUCAGAAAGCCCGCCUGGGAGGUGGAGGGCCCUCAGGAGGCCAAGGGAGUCCCAAAUUAAAAGGAUGGUUCACGGGGCUGGGAAAUCUUUUUCAUAGCAGGCAGAGAAGAAGAACCGCACUUCCACUUUCCCAGAGCUGCCUGGCGAACGCAGAAAGGCAGUGGAUGGGCCUUGCCACAGUGAAACUACAAGCCCCAAAGCAGCGAAGCCCAGAAAUUACCCUGCAGUGCUUCCAGAGAAGAGGAAGGAAAAAAAAAAAAAAUCUGGAGCUCUCCUCCCAGGAGUCUCCGUGCAGCAGGAAGUGCACGUUGGCCAAUGAGAGCAGCGGUUCCCCUGGCCCCGCCCACCACCGUCUGCUUUUUCCGAGGCCGGAGGGUAGUAGUGGCUCCUCAGAGACUGUGGGAGUGGAAAACUGGCUGAGGAUAAUGACUAAGAUUACUCAUCAGAGAAAGCAACUGAAGUUUACAAAAAUACACCGCUCCACCAUCAGGCUGACUACCAGCUUCAUGUUCUUCUUUGAUGUAAAGAAGAUGAAAUAGGAAUGACAAGUGGAAAUGGAGUUCAGGAAAAUGAAGUUCAGUUUAUACCAACACACUGCUGUCCCCUUCAUUGCUAGUAUCUGUUAAAUGUAUAAGACUCAUUCUAAGAUACUAAGUUUUCUAUGAUUUUGUAUUUUAUAAUAUUUCACUGUGGGUAGAUUAAACUUUCUUCUCUUUUCAGAUAAAUAAUACUUUGUUCCCCAUUGGAGAUGGCCUGUUUUUAUUGCCAGUAAUAGUGGGACCCAUUUCAUAGGUUAAGCAAUAAAACAAAUCCAUACACUUUUUCAUAUAAUAUAAUUUUUGUGCCAUUCUUUAAAUGUAAGAGGAGUUGAGAAAAGAGACAUAUUUUUAAGGAAAAAUUGGCUCUACUGCAUAUUACACAUUUAAAAUGACCAUUUGCCCAAAUAAGUAUGAUGGCCACACUAAACAGGAAAACUGUGUUAAGCCCUUGUAAAAUAAUCAUGGGCAGGGACCAUUAGUUUGUUUUCUUUUGCCCCCAAGAUUUAAAAAAACUAGUAGAUGACAAAUGUUAAUAUCACCUCGUGUUGUUGAGCCCUUAUAAAUUGAGGCCUCUGUCCCAGAGAAGUCUGUACAACCAUAUCACUAACUGCAACCCAGUGACUGAGUCCUAAUCAGGAACCCUUUAUGAAAUCUCAUUGACUCUUUUGUUUUUUUGGAUGAGACCAUAGCAGGUAUCCUUGGUAACUCACACCACUCAAAAAUGCUGGAUGAGAAAUCCAAAUACAAUGCUUCCUACUGUCAGAAUUUUCUAUUCUAGCCAUUAAUUUAGCAGACAUAAUAAUGCCAUCAACAAAAGAGUGCCUUCAUACAAUAUCACAAUCAGUUGAUAUGCAAAAAAAUUUUAUUGAGUUAAGUAUCUCGUAUCUUCCCAAGAAACUACUAUGUGAAGGAUAUAUCCUGUGACUGGUGCUAUUGACAGGUGACUAAUACUUUUUUUUUACAAACCAAAUGAAAUCUUAAUUAUCUGCAAAGCAUUAUAGGCCAAAUCCAUAUAGAUUGUGAAAUGAAUGGGAAAGUUACCACGUUGGUAUUGUUGACAGGGUUUUUAAUAUCCUUAAUUGAUUCACCUUGAGUAUCCCAGGCUGGCCUUGACUAUAACCUUUUCCUGGUUCCCUCUUCUAUUUCAUGUGUCCUUGAAACUAUCCUCUUCUUAAACCCUCCCCACUGAAACUCCAGAUAAUUUUUUGGAAAGUUUUCCAUUCUAAAUAGAAGAAUACACUUCAUCAUUGAAUGACUGCCUCUUUAUUUGGAUUCCCAGACUUAAUUCAGCUACUGAUUGGUGUUUUAAUUGAUUGAACAAAAGAAUUAAGGGUACAACUCUAACCAAAUUCUAUUGACAUCAUUGGUUAUUAGACCCAUUAUACUAUCACAAAUUUAUUUUUUGAAGUAUGAAAUAAGUUAUAUUAGGUGAAAAAGGAAAAAUAUGACCUGAUAAAUAAUUCUACUAAGCAUAAAUAAUCCUAAAAGGACAACAGAGUAAAAUUGCUAAAUCAAAAAUAAAAUUUAUUGCUGGGAAACACAGAGGGUAUGAAAUUUUAUUAUGUGGGCUUUCUUGUUAGUGUAACAAAAACUCCCAGAUAUAGAUGUUCCUUAUCUUUGCUUCAACUAUUAAAUAAUUCUUGGUCUUAAGAACAAUGUCUUUAUCAUUUAGGAAAUAUUUGGGAAUUAAAAAGUGCAAGGAUGUGUGUAAGAAUUUAGUUAAGUUUUACUAUAGUUUCCAUGUUAAUAUUUUAUAUGGGUUAAAACAUAUUCUGAUUCUUGAUUUAGUGGUAAUAUACAGUUAGUUACCACAUAGAGAAAUCAAGUUACUUUUGUGGAAAUUACUUGAAUAAUGUCAAAUGAGAUCUGCAACUGAGGGAUACACUUUUGUCAAAAUUUUAAACAGCCAGCCAGGCUGUUUGUGCAUUGACAUGGGGUAGGCCUGUGGUUUGAUCAUAUUCAUUUCAAAGUUCUGCAUUAAUUAGCAAAUAAUGGCUCAUUCUGAGAGGAAGUGAUAUAUUUGGUUUUGAGCUGAUAGAGCAUUUGAGCUGAUUAAAGGAGAUAUCCCAGAAGAAAGUGAAAACAUGAAAAUUAUGCUUCAGUGAAAGUGAAGUCUAUAGGAAAAUUUAAAAUACUUUGAUUGUGAAUAGAUUAUAUAUCCUAUGAAUAUACUAUAUAGUCCUCCCUGACUUUAUUUCUGAAAUCUUUCCUAAUCCUUGACCCUCUCCAGCAAAGCUCAGAAUUGAGAUAAAAUUUAGGGUGGGGUAAGUCUCAAGGAUUAAAAUAAGAGAGUCAGAUGCUCACAAGACUUAGUAAUUAAAAAUAACAAAGGCCUUUUAAAGCAAUGUUAACAUGCACUAAUGUCAGUUUGGAACAUGGCAGCAUUUGUGUGUAAGAGUAACCAGACUGUCUAUAGCAAGCCACUGCAUAAUUUAAAAAUGGGUCAUAGAGACUGGCUACUUUUGGAAAAUUUUGUUUCCCAUGUGAGCUCUUUUCUGUGUAGGUUCUAUUCUUUGAUGGUCAUUUAGCCAGGCCAGCUAGCCUGGAUUAGUGCCUGCUGAUGUGAUGCAGGCUGCUACAUUUUAAAAAUGUUCUUGUUCAUUUUCAAUGGAAAUGCGUGGUGAUUAAUCAUAGUUGGAAAUGGGAGAAU